GUCCGAGCUCCGCGCCGAGCCCUGAGCGACAGCCGCCUGAUUGUCGUCCUCCCUCCCGGUUCAUUCAUUCAACAAGCGUGUGUGAGUCCACCGGCCAGGGACUGGGAUCCGGCAUCUGAGGAGACGGGGGUGGAUAAGAUGCACACGGCCUGGCCUUCGGAGCUGGCAGGACCGUGAGGGAGACGGACACGGGUCUUCACGUGAUGAGUAUUGCAGGCGCAUAAACGAAUUAUUGGGACAACACGGGAAGAAGCACAUGUUCCCCCAUAGACUUGAGCGCCAAACAGCUAGUGCCGUGCCCCUGAUGUGUAGCAUCCCGUUUAGUUGAAUCCUCCUAGCAACUCAGGUCAUCAUGGGGAUCAUUGUGCUGGAGCUGUACUGGAAGCAUGCUCCAAAGACCUGUAAGAACUUUGCUGAGUUGGCUCGUCGAGGUUACUACAAUGGCACCAAAUUCCACAGGAUCAUCAAAGACUUCAUGAUCCAGGGAGGUGACCCAACGGGGACAGGUCGAGGUGGUGCAUCUAUCUAUGGCAAACAGUUUGAAGAUGAACUUCAUCCGGACUUGAAAUUCACGGGGGCUGGAAUUCUCGCAAUGGCCAAUGCAGGGCCUGAUACCAACGGCAGCCAGUUCUUUGUGACCCUAGCUCCCACUCAGUGGCUUGACGGCAAACACACCAUUUUUGGCCGUGUGUGCCAGGGUAUAGGAAUGGUGAAUCGAGUGGGAAUGGUGGAAACAAACUCUCAGGACCGCCCUGUGGACGAUGUGAAGAUCAUUAAGGCAUACCCUUCUGGGUAGACUUGCUGCUCCCUUGGGCACACACGGGUCCUCUGAGAUGGCCCCAGCGAACCAGCUUCCAGAUGGUCUAGAAUGACACGUGACUCUAAACUUCAUUUUGGCCUUGCAAAUUGCAGUACUAAGGAGGCCUGGGGUCUUGGGUGAGUUAGAGAUGGAAGUGUAUUUUAAUAAGAUGCUUCUUUUUUCUUCCCCCAGUGCCUAGGUUGACAGAGCAUUUGCAGAAAUGCCCAUACAUGAUCGUUCACAGGUUACUGCUCACUGUAGAUGACCCAUACUGCUCCUUCUAGUGUGCAUCUGCUCUGAUACACUUGGAAAAAAGUGAAGCCAACUCUGUCAUUUUGCAGUGCCUAACCAAACCUCCUCCUGCGGGGAUUUAUAUUCUGGCCUACACUGCAGUCUUUGGUGGCUGACAGCCACAGAAUUCAAAAUCAAGUAAUGUCUAUCAGCCUUCUUAACUCUGUGCAUACCUUAUUUCAGUCUCCUACAUUUGUUGUUCCCGGGAAUGUAUGCAUCUCUGUAUAUUUUCCCUCUCAAAACCAGAAGAACACCAACACUGCUGUUUCUGACACUUAGACAUCCCACGCAAAACCACAUUGAAUUUUUGCCAAAUAAAAAAUGUGUCCAACAAUCAAUAUUCUAAGAAGGUGUCAAGUGGGGAAUGAUAAUGUGUGGUAAUCGAGAAAUGAAUUUAUUAAAAGGAAGCAGAAGCAUUGACCAUUUUUUCCCCAGGAAGGAGUAGAAGUCUGUAGUGAGCAUAAGAACAGACUGAAUUCUCCUUACAAAGCAGUAUUCUUGUAAAGGACAAGCAUCACUUAAGUUUUUAAGCUAAGACUUUAGAGAAACUAGAAAAGAGUUUUUAUACAUUGUUUUUUUUAAUCAUUCUGAUUUUUUAGGGGGGGCAUGAUGAGAGAAAGGAAGUUAAUACCUAUGUAAUACAUAGAAACUUCCAAAAUAAAAUGCCAUUGAUGGUUAAAAUUGC